AUGGGGUUCGUGCUGGUGAUCUCGCUGCCCUUCAUAUUCUUCACCGUCCUGCUCGGCUUCGGCUGCUACUUCCUCGGCAAGCACAAGGGCCGCGAGGAGAUGCGCGCCGGCGUCGGCGCACAGAUCUACGGCACGCCGCUGCCGCCGCCCGGUGUCGCCGGACAGUCCCCGGGGCCGUACCCGGCCCCGGUCCCGGUGAAGAAGGAGGGCCCCGACGCCGUCUGA